UAUACAGAGCGAUAGAGAUUCGCAGAAACAUCAGCUAUCGGGCUGGAUCUGGUCGAGACAAAUAGAGCCUUCUAAAAAUCGAUGUCGUCUUUUGAUGAUGAUGGCUACUUAGGCUACGACCCUCGCCUCGCUUCCCACCAAUCCCAGUCCUUCGACACCGACUCGGUCAAGGACUCAGUGGCCGAUCCCGCUCCGAUGUUCAACAAUCAAUCCCAGAGUGCUGGUGGAGAUGACGUCUUCUCAUCUCAAUCAAUACCCGAAACACCUUCUCCACCUCCGAUCUACGGUAGCGGCGGUGAACACUCUACUUUCUCAUCGGAGCAAAACGGAGAGGUAGUCAACGGAUAUCAUUUUGGAGGAUCGGACGGGCCGACCUUGCCUCCGCCUGUUGAGAUGGUGCCAGAAGAAGGCUCUGCUUUGAGAGAGUGGCGCAGAGAGAAUCUGAUCCGACUGCUGGAGAAGGAGAAGGAGGAGAAGGAGAUGGUGGAGCAAAUAAUAAAGGAAGCAGAUGAGUAUAAAGCUGAAUUCUAUAGGAAGAUAACUAUAGGUAUUGAAAAUAACAAAGCGUCCAACAGAGAUAAGGAGAAGAUAUAUGUACAAAACCGGGAGAAGUUCCAUGGCGAGGCGGAGAAAAAUUACUGGAAUGCAAUUGCCGGGAGAAGCGUCCCGCACGAGUUGCCAACUAUAGAGAAGAAGGGAAAGAAGGAUAAAGAAUUAAAGCAACCUUCCAUUGUUGUUAUCCAGGGACCUAAGCCGGGAAAGCCAACUGAUCUCUCAAGGAUGCGAAAGAUACUUGUGAAGCUCAAGUAUAAUCCCCCUCCCCACAUGAAGACCAAACCGCCACCGACACCAGAGGCCAAGAAAGAUGCUCCCGGUGGACCUCCUCCUCCACCACAGGUGGCUGCUGCAGCUAAUCCGGAGUCGAUUGCUUCUGCUUGAGGGUUGAGAAUGAAGCAGCUGAUUGGUGGAUCCUAGUUUGACAAGUACAUCAUUGUAAUAUACGUUAAUUAGUUUGUAUAAUCCUUGCUUUGCGUUCUGUUUGCAGGUAGUUAUGGGCAUCAUCUCAAAUUAGGCAUCGAGCGGUUGUGUGCUUGUGAACUAAACCUUCUUUUUCUUUUGGGCAUGUGAACCAAACAUUUCGUUACUAGGCAUAUGAAUCUAUGUGAAUAUAUGCUCUAUACUUUACUUUGGA